AUGGCCACCGAGCAAGUCCCCAUCAACGGCAACUACGCUCCGCACUCUGGCUACAAUGGCUUAGAGCAGCACCCCAACAGCUACGCCUACAGCGCCAACGGCAGCUCAUCUUCACAAGCCACCGUCACUCAAGCAGCCCCUGCCUCGUCCACACCCGCCGCCGCUACCUCCGCGUCCUCCGCUGCUCCCAACCAACAAGACGUCUCGAAAGAUGAGGUUGGCUGGUUCUUCGUCGAGCAAUACUACACCACCCUGAGCCGCAGCCCCGAGAAGCUCUACCUCUUCUACAGCAAGCGCUCACAGCAUGUGUCGGGUCAGGAGACGGACAAGGUGUCUGUCUGCGUUGGUCAGAGAGCCAUCCAUGACCGGAUAAAGGAGCAUGAUUUCCAGGACUGCAAAGUGCGCGUGACCAACGUCGACUCGCAGGCUUCCGACAACAACAUCGUCAUCCAGGUCAUUGGCGAGAUCUCCAACAAGUCGCAGCCGCAUAAGAAGUUCACGCAGACCUUCGUCCUCGCCCCGCAAGUCAAGGGUUACUUCGUGCUGAACGACGUCUUCCGCUAUCUCAUCGAAGAAGAGGACGAGCCUGAGCAGGUCGACACCAGCGCAGAAGAGGUGCAGCAGGCCCCAGCGGUCCCCACGGGUGGCUACCAAGAGCCAGCACCAACUGCCUCAGAGACGCCUGCUCAGCCCGAAGGGUUGACAAGCUCGACUGACCCAGCUGCCGUUGAGCACGAUGCUCAGCAGGUCGACAAGGAGAUUGAGAGCAAGGUCGCGGCCGACGAAGCUGCCGAGUCCACCGAGCCGAAGGUCAACGGCCACGCGACUGCUGAGGAGGAAGUCAAGGAAGCAGAAGACGCGCCAGCUGUUGCUCCCGCUCCCGUUGACGAGCCUGUGGCCACUGAGGAUGUGCCAUCAGCCGCUCCCGAGCCAGUUGCCCAGCCUGAGAAGCCUGCCGCACCCGCCCCAACUCCUUCACCGCCUAAGCAAGCCCCAGCCCAGCCCGCCGCGCCGCCAAAGCCAGCAGCGCCAAAGACAUGGGCAUCUCUCGCAGCAUCUGCCAACCGCGUCGCAACACCAGCCACUCCCUCUUCAGCAUCUUCGUCUACCUCUCAAAGCAAGCCGACGCCGAAACCAGCUCCUGCAGCCCAACCGGCCGCUGCCGCUGCACCGACACCGCAACCUCCCGCACCAGCUCAAGCCGCCCAGCGUGAGGCUUCACCCGCACAGGGUAGCGACGAGUGGACGGCAGUUGGCAGCAGCCACAACCGCAACCAGUCUCGUCAGGCCAACGCUCAGCCUGAGGGACCACAGCACCGCGGCUACAUCAAGAACGUGCACGAAGGCGUUGAUAGGAACGCGCUGAGGGCACGUCUGGAGACUUUCGGGGAGCUGCUCUGGUUCGACGUUGCGGACCACAAGAACUGCGCCUUCGUGGACUUCAAGACUCUCGAAGGCUACAACGCUGCCAUUGCGGCGAACCCACACGUCAUCAGCGAUGAGAACUUGUACGUCGAGAAGCGCAAGUUCCUUCCUGGCGCCACCGCCUACAACGGUCGUGGUCGUGGCCGCGGAGGUGUUGGUCAGGGACCACCACGUGGAGGCUUCCAGGGUCGUGGCGGGUACCAGGGACCGAGGGGUGGACGUGGUGGUGGGCCAGGCGGCGCUCCUCGUGGACGUGGCAGCUCGAUCGCUACCUAG